AUGCCAAAAACAACAAAACUAGAAUCUCAAAUAUAUACGCACGCCCUCAGGGCCAAGGAUCAAACAUUCUCUAAUGACGAAUUGAGCGAUAAACUCUUCACCGACAAAGACAUGAAGGAUAAGCUGGAUGCGAUAAACAAGCUGCUCAAUAAGAACUUGAUACAACUGGUUACGCUGAGCACCGGUAGCAGCGGCUACAAAGCAGUCAGUAAAGAAUCAGCCAAGAAGUACAAAGAAAUGGACAAUGAUGAGCAGCUGGCUUAUCAAUAUAUAGAUGCAUCUGGUAACGAAGGGAUUUGGACCAAGACCCUUAAAAUGAAAACGAAUCUGCAUCAAACAGUCGUUAAUAGGGUUCUUAAAUCGCUUGAAGGCAGGGGAUCUAUCAAAGUAGUCAAAUCGGUCAAACAUCCAACGAGAAAAAUUUACAUGAUAUCAUCACUCAACCCUUCCGUCGAACUUACUGGCGGUCCUUGGUAUACCGACAAUGAGCUAGACACGGAGUUUGUCAACCAACUCAAAGGUGCCGUCUUGUCCUUUAUUCGUGAUCGCAGCUAUCCAAAGAUAAAAGCAAGUAACAAACCAAUUUACUCGAUAUCCAAAUCUCAAUAUCCGAGUGUUGCAAAAGUGCACAAGUGGGUAAUGGGUGCUGGCGUUACUCCCAUAGAAUUGGACCUAGGACAUAUUCAAUCCUUGCUCGAUGUUUUAAUGUUCGAUGGCGAACUCGAACGCUUACCAGCUUUGUCUCUCGCCAGGAGUAGUAGCGAAGAUGAGGACUACAGUGAGAGUGACUCCAGUGACUCCAGUGACAGUGAUAGCAAGUCAAAGAAGAGGAAAAGGAAGAACAGCAAGUCCAAGGAAAAAAAGAAGAAAAGGUCGAAACGUCGCGAUAGUAGUGAUGAGGAUGAUGCCAGUGAGAGCGAUAGUGAUAGUGAGGAUGAAAGACGUGCAAAGAAAAAAAGCAAGAGCGAGAGUAGGAGUAGGAGUAGGAGCAAGAAGAAAGACGAGAGUGACGAAAGCGAGCAGAGUGACAAUAGCGAAGAAGAAAAGCCACGUAAAAAGUCCAAGAAGAACAAAAACUCUUCCAGCGAAGAAGAGAGCAGUGAGAGUGAAAAUGAAAGUGAAAGCGAGGAAGAUACCAAGAAGAGGAAAAAGUCUAGUAAGUCUAAGAAGAAAGAUAAAAAAUCCAAGAAAUCGAAAAAGUCAAAGAAAUCCAAGAAAGAGGAGUCAGACGAUGAAGAUUUGGUGUCUGUGGGAGGAGACAGCGAAGAAGAGCAGAAACUGGAGAUGAAACAGGCAGAUCCAUUUUCUAACAGUGUAUACCGCGCUGUCAAAAACACAGACAGUGACGACGUCGGUCCUGUAGUGGGUUGGACAGAGGCACCUUGUGGACGCUGUCCUGUGUUUGAUUUCUGCGCGCAAGAUGGACCAGUCAACGCAAGCAAGUGUCAGUACUUUGAUACGUGGUUACAGGGUGAAGGUGAUGAUGAUAUGGAUGAAUAA